AUGGCUGUCCCACUACCAACUGAUGAGUUGCACAACCCAAUUUAUGACCUGCUGGGACCCGACUGCUUCCAGUUGGCUAACUGGGGAGGCCCAGACACAUACCUAUUGUCAGAUAAGCAUAACUAUGACGAUUACAUUGUCUACUACUCACAAUUGUGUGACCCGGACUUCGACAUAGUGCCCUGGCUGACCAACCUGAAACUGCGCAACUAUAGUGACCUCAUCAUAAUGAAGUCCUCAUUCAGACCUACCUGGUUCAGCAGAGCAAUUCCUGACAGAAUGGUUCACUCCAGAGGAGACCUGUAUGAGGAUAUCUAUGACAGCUCAUCCAACUCGGGAUGCCGCGAAAUCAAUUGUAAGUACUGUGAUGACAAAUGGGUCACUACAGAUAACAAGGGCAGAGACAUGGUGAUCACUGACCCAGAGGUAGACCUCCCCUCACCUCAGUUUGAAGUCAUCAACAAUGACGAAGAUGUGCCCGGGCUCCUCAGCUGCAAAUCCAGUGAUGAGGAAGGUCCUGUCAAAACAGGUGAGCUCUUCUGCAAGAUGGCGAACCAUUCUAAGGCUGACCUUCCUGAUCUCUGUGCCCUUCAGCAUCAAGCUGCUCAGCCCAAGUCCUCAGUAUGGGUUCUACCAAAAUCGAUCAUUGUAGUCAUCCUUCUUAAUGGGAAACCCUGUUGA